CUGGAGAAGAAAAAAACAGCUUCUGACACGUUACUUGUUGGUUUGCAAUACGAUAGAGGCAGGGCUUCAUUUCCUUUCUGUCACAGAGGAGACACAGAAGAAAAUAGAGCCGCUAUUGUUCUCUCCGACCCAAUAUCAAAGUUUCAGGUUGCGCGGCGGAGUUAAAUCAACGGAUCCUGUGUGGUUACCAUAAAACCGAGCUGGUCUACUGAGUGGUUGAUCUGCAGCAGAAUGAACAGCGCAGCUGCAUAUACCCCUCUCAUGCCCACCUCAGCCAACACUUUCAGCAAUGCCCCAUUCUAUGAAGGCAAUGUGUCGGCAGGAGCUAUGUACCCACCUGUCAUGGCACCCCAAGCCAACAUGUUUGGCAAUGUCCCAGGCUAUGAAGGCACUGUGCCAGGAGGAGGAGGUUUCCUGCCUCCUCCCAUGCCCAUGGAGCCAGUAGCUCCACCCCAACCCGCCCCUGAAAAUCCUGAAUGGAGCAUCCCCUCUCUGUCUGAAAAUGCAGCUCGCGAGGCUUUAGAGGAAUUUGUGUCGUCUCAUUGCUGCUACGGUGACGCACCAGUCACUCAGGGAGUCAUCACCUCCAUGGAGCCAUUCAACACAUUUAGGUACCGUCUGGAGACAUUCACUGAGUCCAGGUCAACUGACUGGGCCCACAAACCACAUGAAGGUGAGCCUGCUGACUUUUAUGCCCAGCCCGCUCCACGACCAUGGGAGGUCCAGGCCACACCCCCCAAACUUUUCAGUGACCACACAGAGAAGAUCCGGGUGCCCUACACGUCCUCCGUCAAGCAAUGCCACACGUGCAAUGCAGCAGGUACUGAGCAAUGCAAGGAGUGCAGUGGAAGUGGAAAAAAAACUUGCCCGAUGUGUAAUGGUGCGGCAAAGUCCGAUCCAGCCUGCACUCACUGUAACGGCACAGGCAAAGACAGGUGUACAAAGUGUAAUGGUAGUGGGAAAAACCAAUGUGAAACCUGUAAAGGAAAACGUCAACUGCUGACCUACAUUGAGCUGAAAGUGGAAUGGAAAAACCAUGUGGAAGAUCAUCUGGUGGAGCAGAGCUGUGGUCUGAAGAGUGAUAACCUGCGCUCAGUAAAAGGGAAAGAGCUGUUCAAGAGCAGCCAGAACCUGGUCUACCCACUGCUUGGGUCAAACCCAGCAGUCUCUCAGGCCUCUGAGCGUCUGAUCAAAGAACAUCAAACUAAGUAUGGCAAAACCUCCAGGAUUCUGCAGCAGAGGCAGACGGUCGAGCUGAUCCCCAUCACUCAGGUGAACUACAAGUGGAAAGACAAGAGCUACGUCUACUACGUGUACGGCAACGAGCGCAAAGUCAGUGCUGACGACUACCCAGAGACCUGCUGCUGCGUCAUCCUGUAGACUCACAAAUACACACAGCUCAAAGCAAUUAAACAUGUACUCAUUGUUCUCUUUUUUUUAACAUCAGUCUUCCUUUUUCCAUAUAUAAUGAUGAUUCAUUUAUUAGGGUAAGAAAAGCAAACCAUACCUGUGUUAAAAAGUAAUAGAAUAUAAUGUUCUGUUCAGCAUUUUAUUAAAAUUAAAAAAUUAAAAUAAAAACUCUAUACUGACAGUUAAAGUUGGUGCUGGUAAGUAAGUAAGUAAAACUUUAUUUAUAUAGCACCUUUCAAGAUAAAAAUCACAGAAGCUAAAACCUAAAAAUAAAAAUCAACUAAAAGCAAGUUUAAAAAGAUGGGUUUUUAGCUGUUUUUUAAAAGUGACCACUGAGUCCACAGAUCUCAGGCUCAAAGGGAGAGAGUUCCACAAUCUGGGGGCCACAGUUCCAAAAGCUUUGUCGCCUUUUGUUUUCAGCCUCGUGUGCUGGACAGCAAGCAAGCCCUGGUCACAUGACCUCAGGGACCUGCUGGGAAUGUAUGGAUGCAAAAGAUAAUGUCAUGGUAAUGGUAAUGUCACAUUGUGAGCAAUUUACUGUAAUUGAUGGAAACGUGAAUUCUGCUCUCUACCAUAAAAUUCAGAAGCAGAAUGUCCAGCCAUCACUUUGGGUUGUGAAGCUCAAGAACACUUGGCUUAUGCAGCAGGACAAUGUCUGAAAUACAAUAGAGUCUACCUCUGAAUGGUAAAAAUAAAUAAAUAAAGAACAAAAAGUGAAGGUUUUAAAGUGACCUAAGAAAAGUUUGGACUUAUAUCAGAUUGUGAUUUUUGCCGUUCAUGCUCAAAAACUCUUGAGCGUGGCUGAAUUUAAACAAUGCUACAAAUAAGAGCGGGCUAUUAUUCCUCUACAGCGAUAUGAAAGAGUCAUGGCCAGUUAUCACAAAUGUCUGACUGCAGCUUUUUCUGCCAAGGUUUGCACAAGCUCUUAUUAAGUUUAGGUUUAGCGGCAACUGCUUUUUACCCCUUAAGCGUAGAAGGCUGAUGGGGUAUCGUUGUCACCCCACCGGCCAGGCAUGUGGUCGGGUGGUGUGGACACCAAAGUUUGUGAAUGCAAUAACUCAAGAACGAGGCACUGUAAUAUCUUAAAAAUUGCAAUUCUUCAUUAAUCCCUGAGGACGUUAUAUAAACACCUGCACCACCAGGAAUUGAACCCAGGACACAAGAGUUGUAUUGUAUUAUGCCACUACACAAGCAAAAUAAGCUCGGCCUGACACCAUACCGUGCAUCUACUAGGAAACUGAGGGUUAGCACUGGCGGCUGCCAGUAUUUUUCACAUAGUAUCAGGUAGGUUUGGUUAAUGUUUUUCCCUUGAUGAAUGAAAUCAUCAAUUAAAAAGUGUAUUUUGUAUUUUCUCUGGUUAUCUUUGUGUAGAAUUAAAAGGUUUUUGAUUUGAAACAUUAAAGUAUGACACAUAUGUUAAGAAGUAAGAUAUCAGGAAGGGGGUGAAUACUUAAUAAUGUAAGUGGUCAAGCUAAAGGAAUAAUUGUGAUAUUUCACAUCUUAUAAUGCUUCAUUUAGAGCUACUGUAUCCAUACAACCCAGUCUCAUAGGAAAACAUAACAGACUGUGGGGAUUAUAUCAUUUUAUAUCAUGUUUAUUCUCUUAAAUCCUUUUUAUUAAGCUUUGAGUAGCAUUUGAUUACAACAUUUAUUCAAUAUAUAUUACACAUAUAGUUUCAAGCAUGUUAUUACAUAUAUUGUAAGAAUGUGUUUAUGAAAGAGUUGGCCUCCUGUCUGGUAAGAGGUUACAAGCUUUAUCUGGUGAGGUGAGGUCGAGACAGUUCGCCUGCAUACACAGACAGUAUAUAGAUUCAUUUCUAGGUUAGAGUUAAGACAUAUUUUGCUUGUAACUGCAUUUUGUGCCUGCAUAAGCAACAGUUUUUGUAGAAUGUGUUUCUGAUGUUCCAGAGAUGUUUGAGUGUGUGUCAAAGGUUGUCAGCAGAAGAGCUGUGGUUACUGUAACUUAUGCAUGUUAUGUAUCUGCUUUGACGCAUGAGGGGGCGUUAUACCCUGACAUAUAAAAACAUUUUAAGUAUGCUGUUUUGGGGGAUUUAUGCUGAGGAUUGUGAUGGUGUAUUUCCUUCACACGUGUUUAAUAAAAUCAUUGUUUUGAUGCA